UUUUAUUUUCCACAAACAAUCGAAGUAGCUAGAAUACGUACUUGGUCGUUUCAAAUCUGGAAAUUCUAUACGUAGCGUAGACAACUUGCAAGUUCUUCUCCACCAUUGAUCAAGACAUUCCCAUUAAAGCGCUGUUGGAAUCCCAUGAAGUACAGUAAACAUUAUAAGGUAAAUCGUGUGGUUGAGUCACCAGAGUUUCUGCUGCAGUGUCCACAGUCGAAUUUUAUUUCGUGUCUCAGUUCGUGCUGGUACAAGAUGAUGCUUUCUGUGAUAAAUUGAUGUGACAGACGGCUCUGUGUGAUUAAAACGUAAGCGUAAAGGUAUUGACACUACAGAGUCACAAUGGCUACUAGUAAUCGCCCCUGUACCGAUAGUGGAUUUUAUGAUUUGGAUGAAACGGAAAACAAAACACAAUCUCCACAAUCAGAGAAACCAAGUAAGACUUCUCGGAUGCGUCGGUCAUUGCGUAAAAUAUGGACGUCUCCUUCGAUGUUUCAGUUAUUUAAACGGUUGGUCAAAAAAGACACCAGGGAUAUCAAUGAAGAUAACGAGCUAGAAGAAUCUAUAUCGGGAGGGGAGGAAUGUAUUUCGUAUUCACCCAAAUUAUCUCAAAAGUCGCCACAGUUUGAGGAUUCAACAAUGAACAGGAAGACAAUUAUUAAACAAACUGAGUCUCUGCCACUAACAAAACAAUCAUUUCGCACCUUUACUUCAAAUAGUAUGGAAGAGGGAACAGAGUCGGUUACAGAAUCUGACGCGUCUACAGUAGACAAUAUUGGAGGAUUUAUCCCGGCCUUUCCUGGCGUAAGUGGCACUAAUGAGACAAAUGUACAGUUUGGAAAGAGAAGAAAAUAUACUCGGAAAGGACCAGAAGCAAGACCAAAAGCAAACCUGGAGAUAAAGCGGCUGAAAGAAAGGGAAUAUAAAAACCUACAAAUACUACCUUACUGCCAUGAUAUAAGUUUUGAAAAUUUAGCAGAAUACCGCCUUCCCUCUAGUCAUUUGCUUGAUGCAUACGUCAAUGAUAAGCAAAAAAUGGGUAUGGAGUUUGAAAAGGUCAUAAUGGAAAUCGGAUGCAAUACUGACUCGUUGUGGUUGGUGCGAAUCGGAGUCAGGUUCUUAUCAAGAGGUUCUGAAGAAUGGCUCGCCAGCUUUCUUUCUGACUGUAGCGACGAACUAAAACAAUGCCUAGUGGAUGAAGUAACGAAACUGUUCUCCAGGAGGUAUGAACAAUCAUUGCAUAUUUGCGAAAUGUGGGUGGGAUAUAGCUCAAGGUGUGAUGUCACAAAUAAUCCAUUCGAUACACUUGUAGUAACCACAUAUGAUCCCAUACCACAAACAUCUAAAGUACUGGAGUUCUGUGGUCUUACAGUUGUGUAUCGCGAAAAGAAUAAAUUCUCAUCAGAGGCCGUGACACUUUUACAACACGAAACCAGACAUUAUCUAACCAUUAAAUUAUCGGACAUCGCUACCGAUGAUUUACUAGCUAAGCACUCGAAUAUAACAUUACUUACUAUCUCUGGUAUCAAAUCAAGGGGAUUCAGCGGCUCUAAGCACCUAAUAACUGUAACUCCAUGUGUCGUAGUUUAUUGUAAAGUCAAGGGAAUCGUCCCUUUUGGAGAACCGAUUUUUCCGGAAACGAUAGCAGGAUAUCCAGUUGAUGUUCGGGAAGGAACGUGCUCCUUUGCAAGUAAUCCAGCUGGCUUACAGCUAGGGCAGAAGAUAGGGCCUCUGAGAACUCUAUUCGCAUUCGGAACACUUGGAGGAUUUGUAGAUCUACCUGAAUCCAACACGACAGGUUUCAUUACAUGUGCACAUGUCGUCUGCUCUCAUGAUAUUCUUCAGCGAGGAAAUGUUCAAACCUAUAUCCAGAAUAACUGUAUAGAAAUAUCCGACAAAAGUAUUGAUUCAACAGAAUCAAUUGGUGUAGUCAGGAAAGCCGUUUUUCGCUACGGACAGGACACACAAGUUAGCAUUGAUGCAGCUCUGGUUGAAAUCACCUCCCGGAAUCCGACAGAUGGAGAGUUUGCAAUUGACUGGUCAAAAGAUAGAGACAAAUUAAGUGAUAUGGGUAGGUCAUCUACUUUUUAGCAAAUCCGAAUCCAAAGGCCAAGGUAUCUUUUCUGAACAAAAUUUAUCCGUCGUCAGAUAACCCGUUUAUUAUUGUCGUAGUUAAUACAAACUUUUCAUUAUUUCAAAAUACUUUUCCCGAACCAUAAAUCCAAUCAAUUUCACCUGAACUUGGCACAAAUGAUUUUGUGUGAAAUGAUACAAUGAAAUAAUGUGCUUAAACAUCUUCUUAACAACUAAAGAAACAGAAAAGACAUAUACAAAUAAGGUUUCUGAUGAAACGCAUAUUUAAGUUUGCCCGAACCACUGUCUCAGGAAUCAGCCCAAAACAGAGAUCAUAAACAAGUGUUUUACACAUGCCUUUAUAAGAUUGUUAUCGUAAGAUAUUCUUAAAAAUACAAAAUUGCACUCUAUGUAGAUUCAAUAUUAAGGUAGCCUUAUGUCGUGUGUAGUCAUGUUUGUUUACGCAAUGACACAAAGGCGAGAACGGGACGAAAAAAGGGGACUCAGACUAUAUACUCCGUUUACCUGAUCAAGACAUAUGACCCACGGCGGGUGUGAUCAGUCGACAUGGGAUCCUCACUUCUCCAAGGCACCUGAUCCCACCUCUGGUUUGUCCAUGGGUCCGUAUAUGUCAAACUUUUUAUUUUGUAUUCCUUAUGGGAGUUAUGAAAUUGAUAACUGUUUGUUAUCUUCACCUUUCAUCUAGUAACUUGAUUUCAGAGUAUUCUUUUCAAGAGCUACAUCGGUCCAUGACGAAAAUACAAGGAUCCUUAUAGCCAGGUUGCAGUCAUAGUACGAUUCAAGAUUUUGCAUAGAAAUGUAUAGGGAUAUUUAUAUAAAGGCACAUAUCCCCCAAUCUGUAUGUAAGAUCUUAAUAAAGAUAUCGAUACUAAGGCAUUCUAUGAACAAGAGGCCCAUGGGCCACAUCGCUCACCUGAGUUCAAAUUAUUUUUUUUCUACCACAGGCUAAAUUUAGCCUAGUGGGUAUAAAAUCCACAGGCUAAAAUGAAAACCUAUAACCUAAAAUAAAAAUAAUGAAGAAUUAUCCAUUUGAUCCACCUCUGGUAUAUCCAGGAGUCCGUGUUUGGCCAACUCUCUAUUUUGUAUUGAUUAUAGAAGUUAUGAGAUAUUAAAGCAUUUAAUA